AUGCCGCUCUUCAUCAGCAGGCCUUUUGCUGUCCUGUCACGCUCUUCACUUCCUUUAGCUCCCACCGUUGUCUUUAAUGGUUUUGAUUAUUUUCCCUUUAAGGUUUACCAGGUUGAAAGUGGUCAUCUUCCUCCUUCCUCUUGUGCCCACGCUGGUCAAGCAAGGGCAGAGCAGGAGGAGGAAUUCAUCAGUAAUACUCUAUUUAAGAAGAUUCAAGCUCUACAGAAAGAAAAAGAAACUCUUGCAGUAAACUAUGAAAAGGAAGAGGAAUUUCUCACUAAUGAGCUCUCAAGAAAACUGAUGCAGCUGCAGCAUGAGAAAGCUGAACUGGAGCAGCAUUUAGAGCAGGAACAGGAAUUUCAAGUGAACAAAUUGAUGAAGAAGAUUAAAAAACUGGAAAAUGAUACCAUUUCGAAGCAGCUUACCCUGGAGCAGCUGAGACGUGAGAAGAUUGACCUUGAAAAUACGUUGGAACAAGAACAAGAAGCACUAGUGAAUCGUCUCUGGAAGAGGAUGGAUAAGCUUGAAGCAGAAAAACGAUUUUUGCAGGAAAAAUAAGCCCAGCCAGUAUCUGCUCCACCAUCACCCAGAGACAUAUCAAUGGAGAUAGAUUCUCCAGAAAAUAUGAUGAGACAUAUCAGAUUUUUAAAGAAUGAAGUGGAGAGGUUAAAGAAACAACUGAGGGCUGCACAGUUACAGC